ACUCACAAUAAAGUGGCAAAAUAAAAUACGUUUUUGAAGUUGACGCUUCACGCUAGUGGAAUCUGGCCAUUAGUUUGUUGUCCGGUGUUUGGUGUCGUGUCUCAACGCGGACAGCGGGGGCGCUAGUUAUCACAUUGCUUCUCUGGACGUGUAAAGAAAGCACCGACGAUAAAACCACGUGUAGUCUGCGCAUGUGCAAUGCUUAUUGUUGUUGUCGGCUAUUUUGGGAGAUGGUAAGAAAACACGGGGGGAAGUAUUAUACAGUAUCUCUGUACUGGGCAAUAUCUGAGGCUCUCAGAUGGAGACUGUGUGUGAACAUACCCAUGGGGGUGAUGAGGAGGAAGAGCAGGCAGGAGCUGAUGAUGAAGCCAUGCUGUGGUCCAUACAAGAGGCUCUGGAGAGGCAGACCCUGCAGAUAGGAGCAUCAGCCUGCGGGGCCACAGCGGUGGUGGACGUGCUGAAGGCCCUUGGCACAGACGUGACCGCAGAGGAAGCUGACCACUGUGUCCAAACACGCCUGAGGAGGAACGAGUCAGCACUACCUGACUACCUGCUGUCCCGGAGUGAAGCCGGUGCAACUCACACUCAGCUCAUCCAAGGGGCUGAGGCGGCCAGUAGAGGUAAGGUAAUAGGUCGAUUCUUCCACCUUCACCCUCACCGGCGGAUCAAGCUGGUCCCCUGGCUUGCAAGCUGGAUUCGAAAAGGUGCUGUUCCUGUGGCGACCAUGAACAUGCAGUUGACUGUAUCCCAGGGAGAGGAGGUGCCUGACGCCUGGCACCAUCAGCUCAUAUUUGGCGUCUCUUCUAAUGCUGUUUUCAUGACCAAUCCUUUAGAUGUAGUAAGCGAGGGAGAGAUGCACCAGCGACUCUGCAGCGAAUCCGUGCUGCUGAUUCGUCGAGAAGACAUCUUACAGCGAUUAACACCUGACUGCUGUCUGUCCAGCCUCUCAGAGAUCCAGUUGGACUUGCGAUGGAAAGCCCUGGAUGUGGAGGGUCAGGUGACACAGAUGAUCCUAGAUGAGGAACAGGACCAAGAUCGGCCUAAAUUAACACACAUCACAAUCCCUGCAGCAUACAGUUCAGGCAUCACGCUCUUCACCCUCCGACACUCAGAGUUAGGACAAGAACUUCUCAGUGCUCCCGAACUCCCUUUGUUGUGACUGGACUUGAACUCAUGGACUCAAGAAUAAAGACUAAUUAACUGAUAAAACUAUGUUGAUCCCAGUGUUUAGGAUCCACAGUUACCCACCCUACAGAAGUGAUACGGUGUGUGUGUGACUAUGUGACGUGAAUAUCAGCAGUGAAUGUCACCCAUGUAUUUUAAUAUGCAUCAGAAGCAGCUUUAAUUGCCAAGUUUGUUGAGCAUUCAAGGAAUUUGUCUCCGGCACAGAAGCUCUCAGUGUGUUUUAGGCAACAGACAAUAGAAUAGUGCAAUCAAAGUUAGGGGAAGGGUGGGAAAAGGAGGUGAGGCAGUAUUCAUAAAUAUACAUAUGCAUACAGUGCCUAUAAAAAGUAUUCACCCCCUUGGAUGU